UGACAACAACGUAAAAAGAUUGACCAUGGAAAGUUUAUUGGACGAUAAUGGUUCGGGAGAUGAAAAAGAAUUCUUAAACAUUUCUAACGAGCCUGAAAACAACCACCAUCUUCGUCACCACAAACACCUGAAGAUGGAAGUUACCAUGAUGCAACAAGCCAUGGAAGCAAUGGAAGCCAAACUUGAACGUGAAGUUCGUUGGUUAAAGCAAAAUUAUGUGUCCAUAAACUCGACCUUGAAUGCUGUGUCACGUAGAACUGAUUUCAUGGGAAACCAAACAACUACCUUGAACAGGCAGCAGUUAGAUCUGACUAAACAGAUAAAAGAAUCUGAAACUAGGAGUAAGGCUGUUGAGCAGGAAAUUUGGGAUACAAAAGAAGAACUUAGAAACGUCACAGAGAUAAUAACCGUUGUCGACAAACUUCAUUCUUCCACUCUUAAGCUUUUUGAAGCUCUGGAGGUCUUGGAAGACCGAUUCGAUAAGAGCAUCCAAGAUCUGCAAAGAGAAGUUUCGAAGUCUGAUUUCAAUCUUGGUCAAAUGCAAUCAUCUUUCGAAAUCCUCCGCGAAGACCAGAAUGACCACUAUGGGGUCCUUAAGACUCUGAGAAAAGAUUAUUCAGUCUUAAAAAUGGAGGUUCAAAGGGAUCAUUACAGACUUCUAUCUGUUCAAAACGAGGUUCUCAACCAGUCUUUACAAGAAUGUAAAGCCAACAAUAAAGAACUUUUACAAGAUGUUAAACUGGAGAACCUUGAACACAAGUUAGGAAAACUUCAGACACAGGUUACCAACAAUCACUUCAAAAUGGCUGAGCUGGACACUCAUGUUAAGACAAAAAUUGACAAACCUUUCCUCUCAUCGUGGGUAAAAAGGCAAGAAGAAAUGAAACAAGAAAUCCGGAACAUCUCCACAAACCUACCACAGCUGAAGUCUUUCUACUCUGAUCUAAAGACCGAGAUUUCCAAGUUUGUGGACUUGUUACCACAUGAUUGUUCUAUGGACCAAGACACCACGCCUCCAGUACAGUACAAGAGUGGCGUUUAUUUGAUCCACCCCCAGGGAACAGAAUCCGCCUUCCCCAUAUAUUGCGAUAUGGAUACUGCUGGUGGUCGCUGGACUGUAAUCCAACGGAGGAAAGAUGGGUCACAGGACUUUUAUCGACCCUGGGAAGACUACAAACAAGGGUUUGGUGAUCCUGCAGGGGAAUAUUGGUUGGGAAAUGAACUCAUACACCAGAUCACCACUUCGGACAAUUAUACUUUGCGAUUGGACAUGUGGGAUACGUAUGGUCACUAUACAUUCGCCGAAUAUGACCUGUUCUACGUCGAAAACGAAACCGAUAAUUAUCGCCUCAUGAUUGGUGGUUACCAUGGAAACGCUACCGACGCGAUGGAGAAUCACAACAGGAUGGCCUUUAGUACGAAUGAUCGGGAUAAUGAUGCGAGCAGCACACACUGCGCAGUGUACUAUUCGAGCGGAUGGUGGUACAACCACUGCCAAUACGUCAACAUCAAUGGCAGAUACAACAUUGGACUCACGUGGUACAACAUGGACCAACACGAGUGGGUGCAACUGACCAAAGUUGAGAUGAAACUGAGGCCCUCGAGACUACGUGAACUGUAGAAAAUGAAUGACCGUUUAGUGAUACACGAAAGACUCGAGUUUCAUAGGUACACAUUUGGUCCGUAUUGAGUGGUCACUCUAGACAUACGUCAGUUAAGACUAACUCUUAAAAAAGAGACACCGUUAUAAGUAGUUCUCUUUUUCGUAAGCUUGUUUUAAACCAUAUUUGUUCUUAUGUAAGACAGAUCAACAGAUGUUUUGCCAAAAAAUAUUUUAUGCGUGUUUCAAGUUUUAAAAAGUGCUUCGAAAUCAUGGAGAUAUAAUGAGUGUACAUAGAAACUGUAUAAUUAUGUACAUAAAUGAUGGUGCAGUUCCUUAUAUAUUCUAUAAAAUAACUGUAGUACCAAAUUCGGAAGGAUUUCCCGCUCUCUGGCGCGAGGCACUCUAUGACUUCGACUUUGAUUGAUCAAAGUUGUGAACGUUUUCAGCCUUUAACAGCUAUUUCUCUUUUCCUUCACUUUAAUCUAUCUCUGCUCGAUAGAAAUUGAUUAUUAGUUUCGUCUUGAAGUACUUUGUUCAUAAUUAUUUUUUUUUAGUA